AUGUCUCAAACUCAAAAUAAUAAUUUACAAUAUCUUUCUGACAUUGACAUAUUAGCUAGCAGCCUUGCGUCUCUUUUUAGAAUAGCUGAUGAGCCAAAAUGUCCAGAAGUUCGCAUUGCCGAAAGCAUAAAACUUCAUUAUUACAUUGAAAUGUCUUAUAAAGGCAAUAUCUUACCUUAUAAUAAAGAGACUCAACAAAUGCUACGCUUGGAAGAAGAGAAAGUGUUACUACCUUCAAUUACAAAUGUUGAAGAUGUUAGUGACCUUAUUGAUAGAUUAAAUGACAUUAAAGAUUCUGAUGAACAAGAUGAUUAUGCUGCAGGAAUAGUUAUUCAAAUCGUAACAAGAUUUUUAGCUUAUUCUUUACAGUUUCGUAGAUGUAUCCAAACUGUACCUACAGAACGUCUUCCUUCUGUCGUAGCUGCUGUUUCUGAUUAUAGAAGUGCUCUGAUAGAUCUUUCAAAUCCUUUCACAACCAUCUCAUGUAAGAUCCUUGCUACCGAUUUCUUGGAAAAGGCUCAAAAUAUUUUGAAACUGCCCUUUAAUCCCUAUACUGAUCCAACGGGAGAUGUAAAGGCGGCCAUUAAUAGUGUUUCACCAUUCCAAAUUACUGGUGGUACCAUACAACCUUAUGAUCAUGAAGCAACCUUUAUUGAGAACCUUUACCGUCAAAAUGCUGGCCAACUUAAAUCUUUUGAUAAAGCUGCACAUAUAGCAGGAACUAUAACUCCAUUCGGAUUUAAGGAAUACGUACGUCAUAGAAUUCCAAUGAAACGUGUUAUUAAUGGAGCUUACAUCUGUUACGUUGAUCCUUUGAACAAAACUUAUUAUUAUACUACACUCAUUCUUGACGAUUUUCGAUUUAAAAUUCUAAAAAAUCUUAUCAUAUAUGAAAUUGUUUCCGGAAAAGCUGCUUAUAUUCACAGUGCUUUAUACUUUUAUAUGAGUAUGUGUACUUGUGAAGAAGAUUUUAAUCUAAUGAACGAAUAUGGUGUUAUUCAAUGGGGAUUCCCUCUAAAAGGAUAUGCCGAAUUUCGUGAAAAGAUGGAUGAACUUUUAGAAAUUAUGUAUUGUUGGAAAUUUUCAAAUACUUGGUCAUGGCAUACUGAGAUGGUUAAAAUUGCAAGAUCUAAAGAUAAAAAUCAGGAUGUUUCUAAUUGGAGUGACUAUGUUACUAAUUGUUAUUCUGGAGGGUUACUAAAGAAAGAGAUUUCCGAUGUUUUUUAUAAAUCUCUUGCUUAA